CAGGUGCCGAAUGUUGCCGACGAUACGCUUUCCCCAAGAUAUGUCAUUUCUACACAUAACUUGUGACGAUGGAAAUGCUAGCCCGCAUUGAAGGCGCUCUCUUGGGCCUGUACGUGGGCGAUGCUGUCGCCAUGCCUGUGCAUUGGAUGUACAACCUACAGCAGCUCGAGGCCGACUACGGUCAGAUCACCGGAUACACCAAACCCAAGGAUACGUUCAUGGGAAGCAUCAUGAACUUGUCCAGCACAGGCGGCGGGGGUCGCGGCAGUGACAAGGGCGACGUCGUGGGGUCGGUGAUCUUGCACGGCAAAAAGCAGUUUUGGGUUCGUGGCGGCAACUUCCAUUACCAUUUGGGGCUUCAAGCUGGUGGGUAAUGCGCACUUUCGCAAGUAUUUCAGCGUCAAGUAUAGGGGAAAACACGCUGGAGGCGCAAUUGGCGAGGCUGCUCGUGCGCACGCUGUCGACACCUUCGUCCGCGGCAACGACGCCCCCGGCCGCAGCGUUCCAGGCAGCGUACAUCGAGUUCAUGACCACACCUGGGAGCCACAAUGACACGUAUGCGUCCACGUGUCACCGCAUGUUCUUUGCGAAUUGGGCGGCGGGGAUGCCUCCAAACGACUGCCCCGACAACGACGGCCACAACGUCGACGCCAUCGACCUGCUCACGCUGACUAUUCCCGUGAUUUUGAAGCACGCGUCAUCCCCUGCCGACGAGCGCAACCGCCACGUCCGCGAGAUUAUCGCCGCGACCCGCCAUGCGCCCACGAUGACCAAGUACGCGGAAACGUACGCGGACAUCCUGGUCGCGGUGCUGCACGGCCAGGACCUCCGCACCACCAUCUCGAAACAUGGCGGCAGUGACGUGGCGUCGUCGCUGCGCCGGAAAGAUCCGAUGGUGGCGUGUUACAUGGAGUCGUCGUUCCCGGCACUCCUCCAUUUCGCCUACAAGUAUGCCGACAGCCCCGAGGCCGCUGUCUUGGCCAACGCCAACGCCGGCGGCGAAAACGUCGCGAGGGGGGCAGCCCUGGGGGCGUUGAUUGGAGCCGCACAUGGGAAGAUGGGGUUCCCAUCAUGGGCCAAGGAUGAAUUGUACGCCAAAACCGCCAUCAACUCCGAAAUCGACCACUUCCUGAGCUCGUUGAAUACGUGUAGUUAGUUCAGCGCACCACUAACUGUUCUCGUACGGAGUACGUAUACGUAUAGUAUGAAACAACACGUUGAUUUGUCUCUA